AUGAAAGCAGCAGCAAUCGUCCACGCUGGUUCACAAUUGUCACCUUUAUCUACUGGACAUAGUACUGCUGCUGUAUGUUUAGGCGGCGGUAGCGGUGUAGCAGCAUACGGGAAUACGAUUCAGUUACCACCAUUGGAAUUGAUUCGGCUACUACCACCACUUUCCCCGAUGUAUCCACUAAUUUCAAGCGGGAUGCAACGACCGGCGACAUCCGCACCAUCGGAGCAUGGCUUCUUUGCUCAUGGUUUGGGUCCUCAAAAACAAGGUAAUAUUAGUUACGUCACUGUUGAUGGAAGGAAUUACUGGAAGAAAAUCUGUUGUCAGUAA